GGCUCCAGUUAUCGCCUCAAUUUUGACCAACUUCGCGAACAUCGCGCUGCGAAGCCGCAUCCGAGAUGACGAUGCCAUUGACCAGCUCAACCACUGGGCCUCCUCUGGGCUGCUCCUAGCCUUGGCUAUAGGCACGGGUGCCAAACAGUAUGUCGGAGACCCCAUUCAUUGCUGGGUUCCUGCGUUGUACAAGAAAAAACAUUUCCAGAAGUAUUCCGACAGCUAUUGCUGGAUCCAUCCCAUGUACAAUGUCCCUAUGGAAGAUUCUAUUCCUUUUGAUGAGGAAGAAAGGUGGUUUAAUGACGUUGGCUUCUACCGUUGGGUGUUUCUGAUGUUCAUUCUGCAAGCAGCACUGUUCAAAUUCCCUAACAUUCUGUGGCAGGAGCUGAAGAUUUACUCUGGUCUGAACGUCUCCAAAGUGGUGGGGAUGGCAUGGGAGACAUCCAUGAUGAAGCAAGAAGAACGUGAUGAAAAGAUGGGACACAUUGCCCACUUCAUCGACCGAUGGCUCCGCACUUACUCUCAGUACAAGUAUAACGCCUUGACCAGGUUCCGAGACCGCUUCUCCAGCGUGAUAUGGUGUUUUGGAAAGCGCACUGGCACAUAUAUCAGCGGACUGUAUAUGUUCACAAAACUUCUGUACUUUGUGAAUGUCAUUGGCCAGUUUUUCCUUCUCUCUGCAUUUUUGGAUCUGAACUUUUGGAGAUUCGGGAUUGAUGCAUUUACGAUCUGGAACAAAAAAGGACGUUGGCAAGAUUUGUAUAACUUCCCUCGUAUCGGUUUGUGUGACUACAAGGUGCGACAGCUGGAGAAUAUUCAGACUUUAUCUGUCCAGUGUGUUCUGUCCAUCAAUUUGUUUUUGGAGAAGAUGUACCUGAUCCUGUGGUUUUGGUUGGUGAUGCUCCUUGUGUUCAACACGGUCAAUAUGAUACAGUGGAUCAUAAGAGGAAUCAGCCAAACCCGUAGCGAAGCGUUCCUGGCAAAAAAUCUGAAUCUUUUGGGUAUUGACUCCAAGAGACAAAGAAAGCUUUUUGUUCGCUUCACUCGGAAUUAUCUGCGCACAGAUGGUGUAUUUAUGUUGCGCAUUGUGGCUGAUAACACCAGUGAAAUCAUGACCCUUGACCUUCUGAAACAGCUGUGGAAGAAGUUCAAGGAGAGUCAUCAUGAGGAUGAAGGUGACCUUCACAAGCCGAAUGGUGACCCGGUCGCUGACCCGUCAGCCCCUCUAGUGGAAGACAAUGAUGACAGCAUUCCUCCGAAAAAUGUGGAUUGA